AUGUCUCGCGGCGGAAACACCUUAUAUGUGACCGGUUUUAGCCACGGCACCCGCGCUCGCGACCUCGCCUACGAGUUCGAACGGUAUGUCAACUACGCUCACGUCCUCGCCCUCGCCCACGCCCUCGUCCACGUCCACGUCCACGCCGCCCACGUUCGCACCCAUACACGCGCUCCUCCCCCCUACGGUCGCCUGGUUCGCUGCGAUAUCCCUGCACCGCGAUCUACAUCCAGCAGGCUCUUUGCCUUCGUUGAGUACGAGGAUCGCCGCGAUGCGGAUGACGCGUAUCAUGAGAUGCACAACAAGCGCAUCGGUCGUGAUGACACUCUGAAGAUUGAGUGGGCACGAACUCCCCCAUCGGCUUCUUGGCGUUUUGAGUCUGGUCGUGAUCGUGAUCGUCGCCCUGCCCGCUCUCCUCGACGGGGGGGCAGAUCCCCCUCUCCUAGACGGAGCGCCCGGGACUACUCUCCUCGCAAGGAGGAUCGCCGUGAUCGGGACCGUGACUAUGACCGUGACGGCCGCAGAGACCGCGACAGAUCGCGCAGCCCCGAUAACCGGGACCGUGACCGUGAUGCAAAAGACGACCGCGAUGAUCGUGACGACCGUGAGGAUCGCGACGACCGCGACAGAAGAGAAAACGGCGCCAAUGGCGAUGAAAGAAAGCCUGAGAGCCCUCCCCCGGCACCCGAGGACCUUGAUGUUGCUGAGUAA